ACACUUGCAUUCUCUCCAUUUCUCUUCAGCAUUUCAUUUUUGGUCAGAGAUCCGAGGCGAUUCACGCAGGAGCGUUUGUAAAACAACCGACACCUGAUCAAGCAGGGAGCCGACAUAAAGUUAAUCUAAGACGGGGACGUUUUCUGGCAGCAGCGCAGGGACUAAUAUUGGCAUUUUGCUUGUUUUUUUUUUGUUUUUGUUUUUGUUUUCAUCCAGUAAUAAAAGGGAUGCAUUGUCUGUCUGCAAAUCUCAACUUUUUAAUAUAGUUUUGUUACAUAGGAUUGUAUAUUUAUUCUACUAUUUUUAUAUUGUUAGUGGUAUAGUGGUAACAAUGUUGCACUGAGCAUUGUAAAGCGUUGUAUUCGUGUGUGGGACUGAUUACUGAUUUCGUAGUUUCCCUUUGGGUUUUUUAUUUUAUAUUAUUACAGCAAAAUGCAUCUACGUUUUGAUCUUGUGGAUUGAAGGUCUGUCUUGGCUAAAGCAAUAAGCGAAGCUAAUCGCAGGCAUUUCUGCAGACCUUAACAUUUACGUGAAUUCAUUGCAAUUUGGAUAUAAAAGCAUGGCUUUGGUUUUAAUGACUUCGUGUGUUUAAAAUCUUCAUGUGUUUUAAACAGGUGCAUUUUUUUUUACCUGGUCAAGGACACGUUUGAUAAUAACAAUGGCAAACUCUGCUACAGAAUUGAAGUACCUCGGCUUAUGGAGAGCUAUCUGGGUGGCAAAUAUAUUUCUUGACUUGGGACUGGCGCAGGAGGUCUAUGCGCCCCAUUCAAUAAGGGUUGAAGGAGACUUAACGCUGGGUGGUCUUUUCCCUGUCCAUGCCAGGGGUCUAUCUGGAGAACCUUGUGGGGAUAUCAAAAAAGAAAAUGGGAUCCACAGACUGGAAGCUAUGAUGUACGCUUUAGAUCAAAUUAACAGUGACCCAGACCUUUUGCCCAACAUCACCUUAGGAGCCCGCAUCUUAGAUACGUGUUCCAGGGACACUUACGCACUGGAGCAAUCACUUACCUUUGUGCAGGCUCUGAUACAAAAAGACACUUCGGAUGUCAGGUGUACCAAUGGAGAACCCCCAAUGUUUGUGAAGCCAGAAAAAGUAGUCGGGGUGAUUGGAGCUUCUGCCAGUUCCGUGUCCAUCAUGGUAGCCAACAUUCUGAGACUCUUCCAGAUCCCGCAGAUAAGUUAUGCUUCAACGGCCCCGGAGCUAAGCGAUGACCGGCGGUACGAUUUCUUCUCCCGUGUGGUUCCUCCGGAUUCCUUCCAAGCCCAGGCGAUGGUAGACAUUGUGAAGUUCAUGGGAUGGAAUUUUGUCACCACCCUGGCCUCUGAAGGAAGUUAUGGGGAGAAAGGAGUGGAAGCUUUUAUCCAGAUUUCCAGAGAGGCAGGUGGACUUUGCAUCGCUCAGUCUGUUAAAAUUCCACACAACUACAAAACAGACGACUUUGAUAAAGUUAUCACGCAGCUUCUGGAAACACCAAAGGCACGUGCCAUCAUCACAUUUGCCAAUGAUGAAGAUAUCAGGCAGGUUCUGGCUGCAACUAAGAGAGCCGGUAAAGUUGGUCAUUUCCUCUGGGUGGGCUCGGACAGCUGGGGUGCCAAAUCUAGCCCGGUGAUUUGGCAAGAAGAAGCUGCAGAGGGAGCCUUAACCAUCCUGCCGAAAAGGGCCACCAUAGACGGAUUUGACGUUUACUUCACUUCCCGGACUCUGGAGAACAACCGUAGAAAUGUAUGGUUCGCAGAGUACUGGGAAGAAAAUUUCAACUGCAAGCUAACAAUGAGUGGGUCGAAGAAGGAAGACACAGAUCGUAAAUGCACAGGUCAAGAACGGAUUGGAAAGGACUCCCAGUAUGAGCAGGAGGGGAAGGUGCAGUUUGUGAUUGACGCAGUGUACGCCAUAGCUUACGCUCUGCAUAACAUGCACCAGGAUCUCUGUCCAGAGUAUUCAGGGGUCUGUGCUGAAAUGGAGCUUGCCGGAGGAAAGAAGCUACUGAAGUACAUCCGUACCGUUAACUUUAAUGGCAGUGCAGGCACUUCUGUGGUGUUCAAUAAGAAUGGGGAUGCACCGGGACGCUAUGACUUGUUUCAGUACCAGAUCACGAACACCAGCACACCAGGUUACAGACCGAUCGGCCAGUGGACAGACUACCUGCAACUCAAUGUGGAAGACAUGCAGUGGGCUGAAGGAAUACGAGAGAUCCCUAGCUCAGUGUGCAACCUCCCCUGCAAGGCUGGUGAGAGAAAGAAGAAGGUGAAAGGCAUGCCCUGCUGCUGGCACUGUGAGAAAUGUGUAGGGUACCAGUACCAGGCUGAUGAGACGUCAUGCAAGCUCUGUGACUACAACAUGCAUCCCAAUGAGAACCACACUGGAUGCCAACCCAUACCGAUCAUAAAACUGGAGUGGCAUUCCCCUUGGGCUGUCAUCCCUGUCUUUUUGGCCAUGCUUGGGAUUAUCGCCACCAUCUUUGUCAUGGCUACCUUCAUUCGGUACAAUGAUACCCCGAUGGUGCGUGCCUGUGGGAGGGAGCUUAGCUAUGUCCUUCUAACUGGGAUAUUUCUUUGUUACAUCAUUACUUUCUUAAUGAUUGCUGAGCCGAAUAUAGCUGUGUGUUCUUUCAGACGUAUCUUUUUGGGACUGGGUAUGUGCAUCAGCUACGCAGCUUUGCUGACCAAGACCAACAGAAUCUUCCGCAUCUUCGAGCAGGGAAAGCAGUCUGUCACAGCACCCAGGCUCAUCAGCCCCACCUCACAGCUGGCCAUCACUUCCAGUCUCAUUUCAGUCCAGCUUCUUGGAGUCUUAAUAUGGUUUGUGGUCGACCCACCCAACAUCAUUACUGACUACGAUGAACAGAAGACGAUGAACCCUAACCAAGCAAGAGGCAUUCUCAAAUGUGACAUAACGGAUCUACAAAUUAUUUGCUCUCUGGGUUAUAGCAUUCUCCUAAUGGUAACUUGUACAGUUUACGCAAUCAAGACUCGUGGAGUUCCUGAAAACUUCAAUGAGGCCAAACCUAUUGGAUUCACAAUGUACACUACCUGUAUAGUUUGGCUUGCCUUCAUUCCAAUAUUUUUUGGCACAGCUCAAUCGCCAGAAAAGUUGUACAUUCAGACCACCACGCUCACCAUAUCUAUGAGCUUAAGUGCUUCGGUGGCACUAGGGAUGCUUUACAUGCCAAAAGUAUAUAUCAUCAUAUUCCACCCGGAGCUGAACGUCCAGAAACGCAAGCGCAGCUUCAAAGCCGUGGUGACGGCUGCAACAAUGUCCUCCCGACUGUCGCACAAGACCAGCGACAGGCCGAACGGAGAAGCCAAAACGGAGCUCUUUGAAAGCGUCAAUACAAACAGCCCAGCAGCUAAGAAGAAGUAUGUGAGCUACAAUGAGCUUGUCAUCUAGGCAGUACCAGCUACAGGAGAAGGUGAGAACCAGACGUUUGGUCACCCGUCCCCUUGGCGUAGGCCUCAUCCUGUCUUGCACAGAGCUGCCAGGCCUUUGGAGGAGCUUGUUGGCCAGACUUCAUUUGAAGGUUCCAUAUUUUUUUUGAGGACCCAAAUAAGCUGAGAGUUACAUAAAGACAUCUUUCCUUAGUAAAAGUAAACAAGCCUCUUGGAUGACUGAGACAUUGGCAGUGAAAGGUCCUUGCAAGCUUGUGCCACCUCAAGAUACCAAGAGUUUCUUCACUCUCCUAGUGUUCUCCAGAAGCAGCGAACAAAGAGACAACAGAGGAGCUAUUUUGUCUGUAAAUGUACUUCCAACAUUUCUGUAAUGUUUGUGAGGUUUUUUGCAUCCUGUCAUUCUUUGUUGUUUGAAUUUCACUUUUUUGAUUCUUGGAUGCUCACGUUUUUUAAAGCCAUAUUCUUCUCUAAGGUGAGGUUUGUCCAUAGAUUUUCUUUUUUGUUUCUUGAAAAUGUAUAUUCCUUUUAUUAGUUCACAAUAGUUGUGUUUCAUAUAUUUUGUCAGAAACCAUUGACCAUCAACUGUAUAUUGAAAAAAAAAAUCUCUUUCCAUAGUAUUUUUUAUUUUAACUGAAGUAAUUGAUGGUAUAACAGAUCUGACUGAUGUGUUACAUGUUUGAAUUUGCUAAUGCAUGCCUGGUAUUUUUCGAUGUAAUAACAACAUUUUACAAAACAGUUCUAAUAUCAGCCUGCUAUGAAUAGCAGUUUAUUUAUUUUUCUGUAUUAUAUUUAUUUUAAGAUAUUUUACACAGAGGGAAUAUGGCUUUAAUUUGUCUUGGAGUUUAUUACUGCCCCGCAACUAUGGAAAAUUGUGGAAAGGACUUUAAAAAAAGCAUGUGUGUUUUAUACUGUUUGUACUAAGUAUAUUUAUGUUGCCCUUAUUGCUUAUGUGCCAAUAUUGUGGGAGACAUUUAAAUUUUGCCACUCAUGCAAGUAUACAGUGAUAUUGUCCAAGAAUGUAUCUACAUAAAAUAAAACCAUUUGGUUAUCUUUUUUUUUAUUCCCUGCAACAAAUUGAUGGACAGGUUACUUUUUUAUUGGUCUGACAAGGCACCAAAUUGAAAACCAGCAGACAUUUAGAAAUUAUUCUGUUGAUAAUAUGACAGAACAGCAUUUACUAAAUGUAGUAUUAAAUACACUUUGCUGGUUAAACAUUUCAAUUUGAACAACAUCCUUUGUAGUACCAACAUCCUUCAGAGCUAGCCAACCAAGCACAAGACAA